AUGCACUACUCCCACACUGGGCACCAGAGGUUGAAACAAGAUGGCAGCUCCCAGAGGAGUGCCUUCAAUUACCCACAACAAGCAUCUGGGCAGACGCCCUCAUCACAGCUUGGAGUAUUGAAGAAGCCAGAAGUGACCACAACUCUCCAAGUUUUUGGAAAAGCCCAGCUGGCUGAGUGUCAGCCUUCCGUUAGACCAAACCUUGAGAAAUUGGGCCCAGAGCUCGCUGCGCCGCUCCCCGCUCGCCGCCCGCGCGCCUCGCUCCUCUCCGACCUGGCAAAAUUAUCCAGCCCUACAGAGACUCAACGGUGCAUCGAGUCUCUGACUGCUGUUUUCCAAAAGCAUACUGGAAGGGACGGUAACAACAGCAAACUCUCCAAGGCCGAGUUCCUAAUCUUCAUGAAUACAGAGCUGGAUGCCUUCACAAAGAACCAGAAGGACCCUGGUGUCCUUGACCGCAUGAUGAAGAAACUGGACCUCAACUCUGACCGGCAGCUAGAUUUCCAAGAAUUUCUUGAUCUUACUGGCGGUCUGGCCAUAGCUUGCCAUGAAUCCUUUAUGAAGUCUGCCUCUUCCCAGAAGUAGAUCCCAGGAGCCUUUGGGCCUGGCUUCCAGCCCCACUCCCCUUCCUUCCAGCCUCC